AUGGGCGGCGGGCGUUGGGCGCGACUGGCCUGGGCCCUGGGGGGGCUGUGCCCGGCCCUCACCGUGGCCUUCAACCUGGAGGCGGGCCAGCCCACCGUCUACACCGGCCCAAAGGGCAGCUACUUCGGCUUCGCCCUCGACUUCCACCCCCAGGACGCCCACACGGUGAGUGUGCUGGUUGGAGCCCCCAAAGCCAACACGUCGCAGCCGGACAUCGUUCAGGGAGGAGCCGUGUACCUGUGUCCUUGGCCCGCCAAGGAGGCCACCCCCUGUCGCCAGGUCCCCUUUGACAGCACCAAUAACCGCAAGAUCAAGGUUAAUGGGAGCAAGGAGCCCAUAGAGUUCAAAUCAAAUCAGUGGUUCGGGGCAACGGUGAAAGCUCACGAGGGAAAAGUGGUGGCCUGCGCCCCCCUGUACCACUGGCGGACGCUGAAAGCCAACAGGGAGAAGGACCCCGUGGGCACCUGCUACGUGGCGAUCCAGAACUUCAGUACCUAUGCUGAGUACUCUCCCUGCCGCAACAGCAACCCCGAUCCCGAAGGCCAAGGUUAUUGCCAAGCCGGUUUCAGCGCGGAUUUCUACAAGAAUGGAGAUCUCAUUCUUGGCGGCCCAGGAAGUUUUUACUGGCAAGGUCAGGUGAUCACCACCAGUGUGGCUGACAUUGUCGCGGGUUACUCCUUCAAGAACAUCCUCCGGAAACUGAGCGGAGAAAAGCAAACCGACGUGGCGCCCGCAUCGUACGACGACAGUUACCUGGGUUACUCGGUCACGGCAGGAGAAUUUACGGGAGACUCAGACCAAGAAUUGGUUGCUGGCAUACCACGAGGAGCUCAGAACUUCGGCUCGGUUUCGAUUAUUAAUUCUUCAGACUUGACCUACAUUCAGAACUUUACUGGUGAACAGAUGGCAUCUUAUUUUGGGUACACGGUUGCAGUGUCUGAUGUCAACAAUGAUGGUUUGGAUGACGUCCUGGUGGGAGCCCCCCUCUUUAUGGAGCGGGAGAUGGAGAGCGACCCCAGAGAAGUGGGACAAGUGUAUCUGUUCCUGCAGGAGGGCGCGCUCACCUUUAGAGAUGCCCAAGUGCUCACCGGCACGGAGCUGUUUGGACGGUUCGGUAGUGCCAUCAGUCACCUGGGAGACCUGGACCAGGAUGGAUACAAUGAUAUUGCGGUCGGAGCCCCCUUCGCCGGAGAGGGCGGGCAGGGCCGCGUGUUUAUCUACAACGGGCACCGGGACGGGGUCAGCCUCCGUCCGUCCCAAAUUCUGGAGGGAGCGUGGACCUCAGAGACCACCCCCUCGGGCUUCGGCUUCACCUUGAGAGGAGAUUCGGACGUAGACCACAACCGGUACCCAGAUCUAAUCGUGGGAGCGUUUGGGGCUGGAAAAGUGGUGGUUUACAGAGCCAGGCCUGUGGUGACAGUGAGUGCCCAGCUACUACUUCAGCCAAGUGUCAUUAACCCCGAAAACCAAAGCUGCCAACUCCCGGGCUCAGGGACUCCUGUGGCUUGCCUGACUCUAAAAGUCUGUGCAUCUGUAGCAGGCCGAAGUCUUCCAAAUUUUGUCGCUCUGCGGACUGAAGUCCAGCUAGACUCCUCAAAGCAGCAAGGCGCUGUGAGAAGAACCCUGUUCCUGGAAUCCCAUCAGUCUCAGCUUAUCUUCUCUCUGGUGGUUCCCGUUGGACAGAAAUCCCCCCAGUGUCAGGACUUCAUUGUUUACCUAAGGGAUGAAACGGAAUUCCGAGAUAAGUUGUCUCCGAUCCACAUCAGCCUGAACUACAGUUUGGACCAGUCCACGGCUGCGGGAGGCCUCACGGUGAAACCGAUUCUGAACUACUACCGGCCGACAGUGGUUAAGGAACAGGCUCACAUCCUGGUGGAGUGUGGAGAGGACAACGUGUGCAUUCCUGAUUUGAAACUUUCGGCUCGACCGGACAAAUCCCAGCUGGUCAUCGGAGAUGAAAACCACCUGACGCUCAUCAUCAACCCAAGGAACCAGGGGGAAGGGGCUUACGAGGCUGAACUCCACGUGCUGAUCCCCGAGGAGGCGGAUUAUGUCGGAAUUGAGCGGAACAAUAAGGCUCUGCGCAUCCUCAGCUGCGAAUACAAGAUGGAAAAUGAAACGAGACUGGUGGUGUGCGACCUAGGAAACCCCAUGGUUGCUGGGACAAACAUCUCCCUGGGUCUCCGAUUUGUUGUUCAGCGACUGGAAAAUGCAAAUUUCAGCAUCAACUUUGAUUUACACAUCAGAAGCUCCAACAAAGAUCACCCGCAGAGCAAUUUCGUGAGUGUGCAAAUCGACAUCAGUGCUGCUGCCCAAGUAGAGCUGAGAGGUGUGUCCCACCCACCCCAGGUUGUUCUUCCUGUUCCAGAAUGGGAGCCUGUACAGGAUCCCCAAGAGGAAGAGGACGUUGGUCCCCUGGUCGAGCACGUAUAUGAGCUGUACAAUGUCGGUCCAAGCGCCGUGAGCGCUACCGUCCUGGAGGUGGGCUGGCCGAUCUCUAACCGAGACGAAUUUCUCCUCUACAUUUUCGCUCUCCAGACUCUUGGCCCUAUGCAGUGCCAAGCAAACCCUGCAAUCAACUCCAAGCAUAUAAAGCCUGCAAUCUCCCGGGCGGACACCCCCGAGCUCAGUUCCUUUCUACGGAACUCCACUAUCCCUCACCACAUCAGCAGGAGGGACACGGAGGUGAUACCACUUCAUAGACAAACCCCGGCAAGAAUACUGAACUGCACAAACGUUGGGUGUUUGUACAUCACUUGUGCGAUUGGACGGCUAGAAGGUGGAGAAAGCGCAGUUCUGAAAGUCAGAUCAAGACUCUGGACGGAAACAUUUCUCCAGAGAAAAAACGAUCCAUACUCCCUUAUGGCCAUGGUAUCCUUCAGAGUGAAGAAGAUGCCAUAUAAAGUCCAGCCGUCAGAACUCGCCAAGGGGAGAAUUUCGGUCCGAACGACGGUCGUCUGGGCCACGCCAAACGUCUCCUUUGCGAUCCCGCUGUGGGUUAUAAUAUUGGCCAUCCUUUUAGGGCUGCUCGUUCUGGCCUUGUUGACUGUAGCACUGUGGAAGUGCGGUUUCUUCGACAGGGCCAGGCCCCCUCAGGACGACAUGGCGGACAGAGAGCAGCUGACACACAACAAGACUACUGAUGCGUGAAAACAGCCCAGAUUCACCCCGGUCCGGUCCAAGGGCACAACUGUCCUGAAGGCGAAGGCUGAAAACGGUUUCUUCCACCAACCAGCUGGCUGGGAGGACAGGGGUUCCGGUGAUGCCAAGGGGCUCUGAACUAUUAGGAGAAAUCUCCCCGAGGCCCAGUCUGACAGACACACCAAGGUGGGAAGAGUUUUCUGCUGGAGGAAUUUUGGACACUUUCCAGCUAGUCGAAACCUUGCAAAGUUGGCAUCACUGUAUUACCUAAAAGGUAGAACAGGAUGAAACCUUCAACCACUACUGUACCCUAGAAUAAUCCCUCCCUGCAAGGGACAGCUGAGGCUGAGAGAGGCUGGCACUUGGGGGUGGGAUUCUUUCAGCGGGAAGCGCUACUUUAUCCUUCCACCUUGGGAUCCCAACCAGUCAUGGGUUUGGACAUUUGGAUCUGAUCUUCCUCUUCAGGGAAUCACGGUUCCCACACCCAUAAGAGGAAACCACUCGGGGUAAAGAUCUUCCUGUUUUCCACAGAUCGCUUUGGGGAAAGGCAAUAUUUGAAAACAGGGAAAAGGUCCUGGGGUUUCAAUACUCUCUCUUCUCGUUGGCCGAUGACUCGAGUAAUAAAUGGCAUUUAUUGAGUGCUUACUGUGUGCAGAGCACUGUAUUAAGCGCUUGGGAGAGUACAUAGUGCAACAUAGCUGGUAGACACGUUUUCUCUCCACAAGGAGCUUAUGGUCUAGAGACUCAGACUGGCAACUAAAGCAAUGUUGCCCUUUCUUACCCACUUACCUCCCUCCUUUCUUUAUUUCUUGCUUCUUUUCCGGGCUCCUUUCAAACCACACUCACUUCCCUCCCCGCUUUCUACCUUUCCCUUUCCAGAAUAUCAGUUGACACCACUCCACUGAUUUAAAGAGACCCUUCUACUUCAAUCAGUGGUAUUUAUUAAGUGUUCAUUGGGUACAGAGCACUGUACUAAGCACUUGGUAGAAUACAA